UAUUGUACUUUAUGCCUGGCAUAUUUUUGGAAUACCCUCACACGAAUUGGAUUAUUAACUACUGAUAUUUUCACUAUUUUUGUGUAAAAACGCAUUUAAUUAGCAGCACACAUGUCGCACAAUAGCAGGAGAAAACCUAACAUACUGAUUACCGGAACUCCGGGCACCGGCAAAACGACGACGUCGUCGGCACUGUCGGAGGCGACGGAGCUCCGGCACAUCAACGUCGGAGAAUUGGUUAAAGAGAAGAAGUUGCACGAUGGAUGGGAUGAUACUUUAGAAUGUUACAUAAUCAAUGAAGACCUCGUAUGUGAUGAACUUGAGGACAUGAUGGAAGCAGGUGGAAACAUUGUUGAUCAUCAUGGUUGUGAUUUCUUUCCUGAACGUUGGUUCGACAGGGUGGUGGUUCUUCAAACCGACAAUACUGUCUUGUAUGACAGAUUAAGUAGAAGGGGUUACACAGGUCAAAAGCUCACCAAUAAUAUCGAAUGCGAAAUAUUUCAAAUUUUGCUGGAGGAGGCAAAGGAAAGUUAUCCAGAGGAUAUUGUGGUGGCACUUAGAAGUGAUUCUGUUGAAGAUAUAAGCUCAAAUGUGGAGAUGCUGUUAAAUUGGAUCAGUAGUUGGAACCCUGUUUCGUGAUUGAAAUAUCACAAGUGAAUUUUCCAUUGCGUAUUUGUUAUUUUGUUGUACUCAAAUGAUAGUUCUAUUUUAUAGUGGUUUUGGAUGUUUGGUGAAGGUGGCCUUUUUGAAACUCUGCAGAAAUGCAUUAUUGUGCUUUUCAUUAUUCAGUCAUGUUUGGACCA